AUGUCCUGGGGUCGACGGAGCCACAGCGAUCGGCCCACGACAUGGCAUGCCCGAACGCCGCGGCGCUCCGCAUUUGAAAACUUUGACGAGUCGUGCUGGCUCGAUGGUGUUCGAGAGAACUUGCGCAGUGCCUUGCUGCAUCGAUCUGCGCCGUCAAGCCCGCACUCCGCUUACGUCGCGCACGCUACAGAAGAUGCAGACACCGCGGACGUCCCUUUCGUGCGCGCACAAAAACGGCGCCGCAUCUUGACACUUUCAUCAUCUUCUGAAGGAGAAGAGGAGGAGGAGGAAGAGGAAGAGCCACCUGUCGAGGAAGACGUGCGCGCCAAAAGCCACUUUCAUCGCACUGCCCAGGCACUUGAAGAGCUCCUGUCUCUUGGCGGUGUUGUAGAUGACGAGCAGCAAGGUCCUGUGCACUUGGACGGAUUUGCAGAACAAGUGUGGCGCGUUGAUAAGCCGCCGAAUGAAGUAUCAUCUCCAGCGCAUGGAUCGGCGUCCUCUUUGUUUUCGUCCUUCAUGAAUGCCAAGACUGGUAUCGUAGACGUCGAUGCGUUGCUUCGUUCGCGUGCCAGUCCUACAAAGACACCAAAGCGCAUCAUUGAAGUGCUGGAUUCUAACCAGAAUGCCACGGAAUCGGGGAGCGCAUCUUCAGAUCAAGAGUCCGAGGUGGAUCAAGACACUGAGCGAGAUGAUGAGGAUGUGCUCGAGGAGGAAGUCGACGAUGACGACCAGGAUGAAGCAGAAGAGGAAAGUGAUAUAGACGAUGAUCUCGAUGGAGAAGAAAAGACUGGCGAUGCUAAUGACUCGAGCGCUCAAAAGGCACUUGAAGUUGCGAAUGUGAACAAAGACGAGGAACAGGGCACAGGUAAUCAAGCGGUCGAUCCUGAGCAGGAAAAAGGCCGGGCAAAAGGCAAGGCGAGAUUCGGCGAUGUGACGGACAACACGCAUUCAGUUGAUCCACCUGUGAGCGAGGUGACCCAUCACGACAACCUGAUUUAUUUCUCUCAUGACAACCGUGACACGCCUCCUGAGGCCGAGAGUGACUCCGUAUCCCUCUUUCAUCAUCUUGCUCAUCAGGAUGUCUUUUCUAUCUCGGGCAUUCAUGCUUCUCAUUCGAGCGAUCCAUUUGUUUCGCAUCAUGACAAAUGCGUAGUUCAUACGCAUGAUUUGGAUACCGAAAGGCAUGCACCGGCUCUUGCUGACUCGCUCCUUUCGACUGAUUCAGCGUAUGAAAACCUGUCUUAUUCACCUGAAAUGCCGUCCAUGUUAGCAUCGGCGUCUUCUCAACUGACCAAUCCAGUCGCAACAAGACUAUUAAUGGACUCUCAUGCGCCGAUCGUUGUACUCUCUGACAGUGAUGAGGACAGUGGUCCCAUUCUAUCUAGUAUACCAAUGGGUCACGAGCCUAGGCAGGUGGAUGGAGAAGCUAGUUUGUCCGACAACGUUGAAGAUUGGGAUGACUUCGUCGAAGAAGACGAGCUCCAUGCGCCCUCUACACAAGGCGAAGAAGAGCAUGCUGCCUUUGACGAAAAUGAGUCCGAAGAGAAUGAGCCACAAGAAGAACAUCUGGACGUGCAACAUUUCGAUGGACGUGCGCCAGAGACUGAACUCAAUAAGUCUGCCUAUGCGAGUGUGGACUACGGACAUACAAAUUCCCCAGAUGGUCCAGUGCACACGGACAUGAAAAUCGAGCCCCGCACAGAGGCUACUGCUGUUGAUCAACUAUCUGCAGAGAACCAUGUGCAGCCACAGCCCCCGCUGUCGAAAAGCUCCACACAUGAUAGUGAUCAUAUACCCGAGUCGGUGCACUUGAACACUAUGGAUGCUGCUUCGUUCUCGCCAAAUCGAGAUGAAGAGACUGGGCAGCAAAAUGCUGAUGAUAUAAGGACGAUGGAUCGUUUUAACCAAGCUCCAGCCCGAAACCGUCCGAAUGCAACGGAUAAAAUUGCAAGCGUAGAUGUAUCAUCAUCGAAUCUAUCUCAUGCAGACGCGUCAAUGCUCAAAUCAUCAAACGUGGAUGUGAAAGGUUCAACUCAUGAAUGCGACGAAGAACCUGGAAGAAGGACACAACAGCCGUUGCACACCGAGUCGCUCGAAGCAUCAUUGAAUGAGCCGCUGAAACAAGCCCCAGACUAUUCAAGCUACGAACAAGACACAGCGUUCGAUGCUCAUGUACGCGAAUCAACAGAGCGGCAUCACAUGGGCAACGAAGAUGCUGAUGGUGAUUCAGCGCAAGAGUCAAAAUGUACGGAAACAAGUCCAAAAGCAGAGUCUCAAAAAGACUCGAUGCAUCAUGCAAAUACAGCAGCCGACAAAAAGAAAGAAGAGAAAGACAAAGAUGAGGGAGAGAGAUGGGAGGAAAACAAGAUAAAAGAAGGAACAAAGACGGAUGAUGGGAGAGAGACAGAAUCCUUGACAGAAUCGCAUCAGGAUCUUCCUGAGAGCUCUCAUGGAGCCAGUGGACCCACAGAAAGUCCCGACACACAGAAAGCGUCUUCUGCUUCUAAGGCGAAGACUGAUGUCUCUCCUUCGCAUGAAUCCACUCUAGAGGGAUGGCGUGCUGAAAACCCAGUUGCUUCCUCACAUGUACAGCACGAAGCCUCACAGGAUGUGGCUGACUCGAGUAUGGAGCUUCCCAUUACUCAAUCGAAAAGCCCACAUUGCACACGCUCGCAUUGUCCAUUGCAACGCCUUACUCUCACACAGUGUACAGGUACACCAACCUUCCUUGUCCGCUCAUGCACGCUGGAUCCACAGGUCUUGGAGGAAGAGGGCGCUGAACAGCAUGAUGUUCUCUUGGAUAGCCUCGAGAUGCAGCCACUCGAUGCUGAUGCUCUACCAGAACCUGUCUACCAUAAGCUAUGCCGAAUUGUUGGUCCAAGCAUGCUGGAAGAUGUGUAUGUUUUGCCCAAGAGCAUGGCGGAGCAGUGGAUGCGCUCCGAUGAAAAGGAGCAAGAGACAGAACGGAAACGUUCUCGCCGGUCGUCACCAGUCUCGCCUCUUCGUAUGCGGCUUCGAACGCCGCAGGAACGCCGGCGACCGAGGUAUUAUACACCUGACGCAUAA